ACCAUACCUCCUCUGAAAUACCUACAUCGAUUGACAAGGCUGGGUAAAUAUCCAACUCAGGCUCAACUACCUUUUGGCGGGAAAAAUCUAAAAGUACACCACUUUUCCCGCAAAAAGAUUAUAUAUCCUCCUCGUCUGUCUCCUUAUUUUUACCAAUUUUACUUUAGGGGGCUGUUCUAAGGUUCGAUAAAAACAAGUCAGGGUUUCUUAAAGUCAGUUGAGAAUGCCGAAUUUGAGCUGGAGACAUCAUGCGCUCAUACAAACUCUUUUAUCUCGCGGCCCUCUCAAGGAAGAUGAAUUCCUUUCAAUCUUCGCCGUCGUCAGCGGGAAAAAACAAGCUUUAGAUUCGAGCGAUAAGGAAUUUAGUGAUUAUCUUUUAAACAUAACCAAGGAACUUGCAUUUGUACGGUUUGAGUUGCGUGCUUUCAGAAACCAGUAUGAUGGAGAAGUUUAUUAUGGUGUGGUAAAUAAUGUUGCUGAUGAACAGGCCAAGCUUGGGACUAAAUAUACAGUUCCUCAAAUUGCCUUCUACAAGGGUAUUAUAGAAGCAAUUGCGCAGGACACAACAGCUAGUGGUUGCAUAACGAAUAUUGAUGCUCUCAAUAUCCGCUUAGAGAAUCAGAAUGGAAUAGGAUCACAAUCACCGAGUGGCACAUCUACUGUUCCCUAUGCAUUCAAGAAUUUCACUAUAUCUCAAAAGGAUAAAACGAUAGAUGAACUUGUGCAAGAUCGGUGGCUUUGCUCCAUCCCUGACGGCAAAAUUGGGCUUGGUGUUAGAUCCUUCCUCGAUCUUCGGAGCUGGUUUCGAAGUAAUGAUGUUACAUCAUGUGAAAUUUGCAACGAGGCAGGAGUGAAGGCUGAGUUGUGCCAAAAGGAGGAUUGUAACACUAGAAUUCACCACUACUGUUUGAAGAAGAAGUUUUCUCAAAGAAUGGCUGAAAAAGUUUGUCCUAGUUGUGGCACUGAAUGGCCCAGUGGGUCCAUAUUUGAGGAAGCAAAGGAAGACGAAGGGGAGGAAGAGGAUCGGGGUGAACCAAGUCAAUACCAAGCUGCAGAGCCUUCUUCAGCUGGCAUGAGAAAGAAGCGUCGAAGUGUCAAAUCCGAAAGGGUAGAUACUGUUGGAGAAGGCCGUCGCCGAACAUCUGAACCUGUUCAGGAGCUUAGGAGAACCACUCGCCAAACAUCUGAACCUGUUCAGAAGCUUAAGAGAACCACUAGAAGUGCUGCACAACGAAGGUAAAGAUAAGAAAGGAAAAAGAAAAAGAUGAUAAUGAUGUAUGUUCACUUCGUUCUUAGGAGAGAAGCAAGCAUUGGUAAUUUUAAUUCUGGAUUGUAAUGCCCAGUGUAGUUUUUGUUGCUUUUAUGAGUUCCGAGUUUGAGCUGCCAUGCUUUACUGGAAAUAGACUUUAAAGUCAUGUAGAGUAUCUCUUGCUGGUUAGUUGUACUCCCUCCAUUUAAAAAAAAAAAAAAAUACUUUCACUUUUCCAUUUUAGACUAAAAAUUGGCUAAAUUGAAAAAUUGAUAGUAUCGUUUUUUUUUUUUUAAAACGGAGGUAGUAUAUAUUUUAU